CACGCGCACAAAACUUUCUGGAGCAGCUGACUUUCUCUCCCCGUGAACUAACCGACUUGGCCUCGCCUCUCCUCUCUCUGCCGCUGUCCAAGAACAAAACCCUAACUUUCUCUUCUCUUCUCGCCCCCACCACCAGCUUUCUCAUCCCACAAACAAAAGCUCCCAGCUUUUUCUCUUUUUGUCGCCCAUAAAACCUAAUCCCCUUUUCUUUUUUUCACCCACGUGACCACGUCAUCGUCGUUGUCGUUGUCGUUGUCGUUGUCGAAAAUUCAAUCCUAUAUAUCUCGGGGCUGUUUGCGUUUCGUAUUCAUAGCAGGAGCGGUGUGCUUGAACUCUUGGACUGGCUUUAUGGAGGUUAAUGGGAGGGAUGAUCUUAAGGCGCCUCUGUUGAGGCCUUCAGACAGUGUUGCAAUCACUAUUUCUGAACCAAAUAACAAGAGGGAGAAGAAGACUAGGACGGUUAGGUUCCGAAUAGGGGAUAUCAAGUGUGCAUCAUGUGCGACUUCUAUAGAAUCUGUGCUGGGAAAGCUUAACGGGGUCGAGAAUGCUGUGGUUUCGCCCCUUCAAGGCGAGGGCGUGAUUAGUUACAACCCCGAGCUCGUGAAUGCCAAAAAAAUUAAGGAAACCAUAGAAGACGCUGGUUUCCCAGUUGAUGAGUUUCCAGAACAAGACAUAGCAGUAUGCCGGCUCAGGAUAAAAGGAAUGAUGUGCACCAGCUGCUCUGAGUCUGUUGAACGUGCCCUUCUAAUGGUUGAUGGAGUGAAAAAGGCAGCAGUUGGUGUAGCUCUUGAAGAAGCAAAGAUCCACUUUGAUCCCUACCUUACCGAUACUGAUCAAAUCAUGGAAGCAAUCGAAGAUGCUGGCUUUGGAGCUGAUCUCAUCAGCUCCGGGAAUGAUGUAAAUAAAGUGCAUCUAACAGUUGAAGGCAUUAAUUCUCCAGAAGAUGUGGCAGCUAUUCGAUCAUCCCUUGAGGCAGCUGAAGGUGUGAGUAAUAUUGAAAUGGACUUGGGAGUAAAUAAGGUAAGUGUCACCUAUGACCCAGACCUCAUUGGUCCAAGAUCUAUUAUAAGUUGCAUCCAAGAGGCUGGCCACGGUUCAAAAUUCUACAAUGCACACUUGUAUGUUGCUCCAAGACGAAGAGAGGCUGAGCAGCAGCAGGAAAUUCGGAUGUAUAGGAACCAGUUUUUCUUGAGCUGCCUGUUUACAGUUCCAGUAUUUGUAUUCUCCAUGGUGCUUCCAAUGCUUCCUCCUUACGGGAACUGGUUAGAGAACAAGAUUUACAACAUGCUCUCUGUUGGGAUGCUUCUGAGGUGGAUCUUUUGUACACCAGUACAGUUCAUCAUUGGUCGAAGGUUUUAUGUGGGAUCAUAUCAUGCAUUGAGACGGAUAUCUGCAAACAUGGAUGUUCUAGUUGCCCUGGGAACCAAUGCUGCUUACUUUUACUCUGUUUAUGUAGUGAUAAAAGCAUUUACCUCUGACAAAUUUGAAGGGCAAGACUUUUUUGAAACCAGUGCCAUGUUGAUAUCCUUUAUUCUCUUAGGGAAAUAUCUGGAAGUUCUGGCUAAAGGAAAAACAUCAGAUGCUUUAUCGAAGCUGACUGAACUUGCUCCUGAAACAGCUCAUCUGGUAACAUUAGAUAAAGAUGGAAGUUUGGUCUCAGAGAUGGAAAUUAGCACUCAAUUGUUACAAAGAAAUGACAUAAUUAAGAUUGUUCCUGGAGCAAAAGUUCCUGUUGAUGGGAUUGUUAUUGAUGGUCAAAGCCAUGUCAACGAGAGUAUGAUCACAGGAGAGGCAAGACCAAUUGCUAAAAGAACCGGUGACAAGGUUAUUGGUGGGACUAUGAAUGAGAAUGGAUGCUUACUCAUUAAGGCCACUCAUGUUGGGUCAGAGACUGCACUUUCCCAAAUUGUUCAACUAGUUGAAGCUGCUCAGCUUGCCAGAGCACCCGUACAGAAACUAGCUGACAAGAUUUCCAAGUUUUUUGUUCCAACAGUUGUUGCUGCAGCAUUUACAACAUGGCUGGCAUGGUUCAUCACUGGUCAAGUUGGUCUUUACCCCGAACACUGGAUUCCACAGGCGACUACUAAGUUUGAGCUUGCACUGCAGUUUGGUAUUUCAGUACUGGUGGUUGCUUGUCCUUGUGCUUUGGGUCUGGCAACCCCCACAGCUGUAAUGGUUGCCACAGGGAAGGGUGCUUCACAAGGUGUGCUUAUCAAAGGUGGAAAUGCUCUUGAAAAGGCACAUAAGGUGAAAACAGUUGUCUUUGAUAAAACAGGGACACUGACACUUGGAAAACCAGAAGUGGUCAGUGCUGUAACCUUUUCCGGUUAUUCAAAAGAAAACUUCUGUGAUAUGGCUGCUGCUGCAGAGGCAAAUAGUGAACACCCUAUUGCAAAAGCUGUGGUGGAACAUGUUAAGAGGCAGCACCAGAAGUAUGGGUCUCAAACUGCACAUGUCACAGAGGUGAAGGACUUUGAGGUGCAUACUGGAGCUGGAGUUAGUGGGAAGGUUGGUGAAGCAAUAGUUUUGGUUGGGAAUAAGAGAUUGAUGCGGGCUUGUAGCAUCCCAGUUGGUCCUGAGGUUGAGGAUUAUAUUUCGAAAAAUGAGCAACAUGCUCGAACAUGUGUGUUAGUUGCCAUUGAUGGAAAGGUUGCUGGAGCUUUUGCUGUAUCUGAUCCAGUGAAGCCAGAUGCUAAGCGUGUUAUCACUUUUCUUCGAUCAAUGAGAAUCUCAAGCAUUAUGGUGACUGGUGAUAACUUGGCUACAGCAAAGGCUAUUGCACAGGAGGUUGGAAUUGAUAAUGUGUUUGCCGAGGUAGAUCCAGCGGGAAAAGCUGAUAAGAUCAAAGAAUUACAGAUGAAAGGGAUGGCUGUGGCAAUGGUUGGGGAUGGAAUAAAUGACUCGCCAGCCUUAGUUGCAGCAGAUGUUGGCAUGGCAAUUGGUGCUGGCACUGAUGUAGCUAUAGAAGCAGCUGAUAUAGUUCUCAUCAAGAGCAACUUGGAAGAUGUAGUUACAGGCAUUGAUCUCUCCAGAAAGACUAUGUCCCGAAUCCGGCUUAACUACGUGUGGGCCCUUGGCUACAACAUCCUUGGCAUGCCAAUUGCCGCAGGAAUUUUAUUCCCCUUCACGGGAAUUCGGUUACCACCAUGGCUUGCAGGUGCUUGCAUGGCUGCUUCAUCCAUUAGUGUGGUUUGUUCCUCUCUGUUGUUGCAGUCUUAUAAGAAGCCUUUGAAUGUUCAGAACCAGAACACCCGAGAGCCAUUUCACUACUCCAAGCCUGCAUAACUAUCCACAUUUAUCUUAUUUUUAGCCUCACGAUGUAGUUUUAGUUCUUGUCAUUCCAUCUCUAAUGAAUAUUGCACCUGGACUUGUAAAUAGUAAGCCAUAACAUCCUAUCAAUUCUUCCCACCAUAGUCUGCAUUUCUACCAAUAGGUGGGCUAAUCUCUUGAAAUUGCUCCUUCAACCUGUUGCAUGUUGUUUGUGCAUGCUGUGGCACCAAGUUGUCACUCCUUUGGGAGUUGAGGAUGUUACAAUAAGAGGUGAAAUUGUGCUGGUGAUGAUCA